AUGGCCACCUAUCUGGACCGCCUCAAGGCCGGCUACCAUCGCUUCGUGGACAUCCGCAAAACGGAUGACCUAUUCGGCCACAACAUCUGGACCCACGGAAACACCGCCGGGAUCGGGCUGCACGACCCGUCUCAACGCCUCAAGCGGUUCGCGUUCCGGUGCCUUACCUGCGUGUUCGCCCUGCAGCAGUACAUUCUGGUUCGCGAUGUGGUUCGGGCCAUACGAGCCGGUGACGACGAUCUAGCGAUCCGAAUCGGGAUGUUUGUGAUCUACAGUGCCCUGUCGCUGCUGCAGAUGAUCAGCUUGGACGGGAAUUACGGCUUGUUUCUGCAGGUCAGGGAGUACUUCAACUCUCGACUGCGUCGACAUUGUGGAGGUUCGCAAGCAGAAGCAAUUAGGGCGGACCUGUAUCGGCAGUCUUGGCGGAACAUUCUGGUGGCGGAGAUUCCGGUUGUGGCGAUGUCCCUGGCUUGGGCGAUCUGGGCUCGUGAGGAGUACUUUCAUUUGGUGCUGGAAGUUGGAGAGGACUACCAGUGGGUCGUUGACUUUGUUGAUCUGUUUUACGGGCUGCCGCUGGUGUUCUGGAACAAUUCCAUGUGGAUCAUAUCGUUGACCAUGCUGUCGUUGCUUCAGAACGCAGUCCACGAGUUGACGGUGAUUGCACGAUCCUUUGCAGCAUCAUUCGACCAAGCAAUGGUUGAAUCUGACGAGGGUCAACUACCCGACCACUUCUGGAGAUCCUUCGAUGCCAGCUUCAAAGCAUCCCUCGCCGAAUACGAGCAGUUCCUGGAGAUGAUCGCAACCCUGCGUGCGCUAAUGUCAACCUUCUUUCUGCUCAAAGUGCUCACCGUUGAAAGCCUGCUCGCGGUCACCUGCUUCAUGACCUUCAAGGUGACCUUCCAGCUGAUCACGGCCUUUUCCUACGCGAUCGUGUUUACCGUGGAGUGUUACAUCUUUUGCAACCUGGUGGAGCAGCUGAACGACCAGCGGGAAGCGAUCGUCGAGUGUUGCCAGCACUGGCGGUGGCCGUUCCCGGCGGAGAAGGCGACCCGACUGCGUCACGUACGGGCCAUGGUGCUGAUCACGGAAGCCCACUGUCAGCAGUCGUUUCGCUUUCGUUGCGGCCAAAUGUUGGACGUGUCGAUGGAGAUGUUCCGCAUGGUGCUGGACACUUGCUACACGCUGAUUACGUUCCUGCAGGCCACCAAGCCAGCGCAGUAG